GUAGACACGUUAAACGUUGUGCCAUCCCUAAUCUCCUUCUUAUGUCGUGUAGACACUGAAAGAUUCGAUUUGUCAUCCCUGCGUACUGUACUCUGUGGCUCAAGCUCUCUAGGAAAAGAACUCAGCAAAGCAUUUUUAGAGAAGUUUCCUUCUGUUAAGAAUCUGAUCCAAGGCUAUGGAAUGACUGAAGUUGUGGUGCUCAGCCAUCUCACUCCCCUAGGACUUCCUGAUGAUAAACAUUUAGGAAGUUGUGGAAAACUUCUUCCAGGCUUCCAAGCUAAGCUAAAACAUGAAGCCGGUCACGUUAUUGACAAGCCGAACAUACCAGGAGAGCUCUACAUCAAAUCGCCCACUGUUAUGCUGGGAUAUUUCAAUAUGAGUGAUGAGGAUGAAAAUGUCGUUGAUGAGGAUGAAUGGUUAAGAACUGGCGAUGUUUUGUACUAUGAUGAAGAUGGAUUCUACUAUGUGGUCGGUCGUGUGAAGGAUCUUAUAAAAGUUAAUGGCGUUCAGGUUUCUCCUUCGCAGUUGGUAAGCCAUUUUUUUCUUGAGCCAUAA